AUGGACGCUACGCCAGAGAUUACGUACGAAAUCGUAAACAAUACUGGACCUCAAGAAAUUGGCACAACCGUAAUCCACACAAAUUUCGUCAGUCAAGUCAACAUGGACUUAAUACUAACCCGGUCUAGAUUGUCAUGUUCGUUACCUACCAGAGAAUUCAUUGAAGACGAAGCAUCUCUUGGAUUAGAAGAACUCUAUAACUUUUUGAAAGAAUCAAGAAUCGAUGAAUACGGUGCGUUGAAGCUAAUCCAAAAACUCAUUGAAAUUGCAUUAUGUGUAACUUCCUCGGUUGAAUAUUGUCCACAUUACGCUUUGUCAAUGUGGCUGGUCAUUGAUGUAGAAGUUCCUUCGAGUCAAGGAUCAGUCCUCGAUGACUCUCAAUUCGAAGAGGCGAUUCGAGCCUCACUCGAUGAUUAUGAUAGGAAUAUGGGGUUUAGACCCGCAAGCAAGUUCGGAGUAGGGUCCUUGAGUAGGAGAAGAUACAAGAGAAAACCAAAAACCAGUUUAGUUUCUAACUACAAGACAAAAGGAAAGACCAGCUCAAUUACUAAGCAUUGCACAAUUUGUUUAAAUGAGUUUAAAAACGGGCGAAAAGUCGUUACUUUACCUUGUGGUCACGAGUUUGACAACAAAUGUAUUGUGAAGUGGUUUAAGGUUAGCCAUGUCUGCCCAUUGUGUCGGUUCGAGUUACAAUGA